CGCGCGACUCGACGAUAUGCCAGUGCGUCUGGAUAUUUCGUCCUGUUGAAAUCCCGGUUUCCUGGCCAGGCGAUUCGGGAAAUCCUCUGGAUCGCGUCUGAAUUGUACGCGUAAAGUUUUCAUUUUGUGACAUUUUUGUUCAAGUAAUUUUGAUAUUUUUCAAAAAUGUGUCUCUUCUAAAGUUUACAGCCAGAGUUGGAUGUUAUCGUAGUUAAUCCAGAAGGCCUCGAUUUCAAAAUAAAGAACAUGUUGGCAGCAGAUAAUUUAACAGAAUUAGCAGCUACGGCUUGUGCAGAAGUGUGCGACAAAUGGACGUGUUGGCCGGGCACAUUGGCAGGACGAAAUGCCACGAUGCCUUGUCCAAAAAUCAGAGGAAUUGUAGAAAACGGUUUAGCAUACAAAUAUUGCACAUUUAGCGGUACCUGGGAAGUCAAAUACGAUCCGUUUGGAAAUCCGACAAAUUAUACGCACUAUGAAACAUGCAUAAUGCCACAAAUUCAGCAACUUUCCGAUAUGUGUAACGAAUUUGGACCUUAUGAAUGUGCCCGAAUAGGAAGAGUUACAAGACUUAUAGAAAUGGUGGGGCUCUCACUGUCAUCCUUAUCUUUAAUGUUAUCUUUAUACAUAUUUUUUUCUUAUAGGAUAUUGAAAAAUAAUAGAACCAAAAUACAUAAAAACCUAUUUUUCGCAACCUUAUUCCAAGUAUUGUUCAGACUAGUGAAAUAUAUCGACCAGGAAUUGGAGGAAAACAAAAAGUUUUUAUUAGACGAUUAUCACCUCUAUGAGGUUUGCACAGUGCUAAUGGAGUACGCCAAGACUGCAAUGUUCACCUGGAUGUUCAUAGAGGGCCUCUAUCUGCACAACGUCAUCACCGUGACGGUAUUCCAAGAAUACCUGCACAUUAAUUUUUACAUUUGGUGCGGCUGGGUGGUACCGGCCGUACUCACCGUUAUUUGGUUGGCUGUAAUGAUUGGUAUGAAAGUAAAAACAACUUGGGCGUAUUAUUACUUUCUGCCGUAUUAUUGGAUACUGGAGGGUCCCAGGUCCGUUCUUAUAAUGAUAAAUCUCUUAUUUCUUCUGAACAUCAUCAGGGUUCUGGUGGUUAAACUACGACAGACUCGGUCCAGUGAAAUUGAACAAGUUAGAAAAGCAGUCCGAGCAGCCAUAUUUCUCCUACCUUUGAUGGGCAUAGCGCACAUACUAUUUCUCCUGGAUUACCGAUUCAACGACGCUUGGAAAUUCGGACUCUGGUCAUACACUACGUAUUUUCUCAACACUUUUCAAGGAUUUUUCGUUGCCGUUUUAUAUUGCUUCUUAAAUGGCGAGGUUCAAGCUGCAGUUAGAAACAGCUACUUUCUGCACGCCUCUCUGAGAAGAAAUAAUUACACACCUUGCCGAGGUUUCACUACAACGUCGACUAUGGGAGCUGAUGGAGAAAUCACCAAUUCAAUAGAACCACCAACUUGGCUUAAAUGUUGCACUCAACCACCACAGUCUCCAGAAGAAAAAGAGAUUGAUAUUUGCGAUAUAAAUGGAAGGAGAGAAGGAACUGCAAUGAUAACUAUGGUGGAGACAAUUCCAAUGAUUAAAACGCAUUCCAUCAGCAAUGGUAUCGACACAAGACAAAUUAAAGACCCCAACUCCACAACAACUACAGCUGUAGACGCCUAAUUGAAAUAAGAAGUAAAAUAUUACUAGAUAAUAUUAUUUUUUUUUUGUAUAUUCAACCGCCUAAUGUGAUGUGUAAUUUUUGAUAUUUAACUUAAUGCAUUUAUAUCGUAGUGUAAUGAAUUUAUUACAAGAGAUGACAGUGAUAAGUGUAAAUGCACAAGUAAAUUAUAUUGUUUCUUAUUUCAUCUUACAAAAAAGUACAGUGUGAUUGUAUAAACUACAGCUAUUUAAGAUGCAAAUUAUAAAACUAUAUUGUGUAAGAUGUUUUAGGUAUGGAUGAUAAAAAUAUCGUGUUUUCAUGAUAACAUUUCUUGUAUGUCAUUGCACAAAUUUUUCAUUCAUCCACAGCAAAUAUACUUUCUGUAUAGUCAAUAAUAUAUCUCCUAUUGUAAAACUAUAGUUAAGUUUUGUCCCUCUGUGUAAAAUUCAUAAAAAUAUUUUUUAUAAUGUUUUAUGUCUGAGGUAUUUACUUAUUAUGGCACAAGAACAAUAUUAUAAUAAUACGCUUUGAUUAUAAUUAUAAUUAUAAUACAUUUGAUUUAGAAUCACCUACCUAUAAGUAUUAGUAUAUUAAACAUUAUCUGUUAGAUGCUUUAUCACAAAAUUAUUAAAUAUUAACGUUUCUCUAUAUAAAAAAGACUAUAUUUUAAAUUUAGGUAGAUACUUAGGUAUUUUUUAAAUUGUAUAUUAUUAAUUUUUAAAAUUCUUAAGUUUUUUGUACCU